AUGACGUCCCAGACAGCACUAGAUUUGCUAUUUGUGCUUAAGAAUGAAACUAAGAAGAUCUCUAAUAAGACAUACCACGGGGAGGAACUAAGAUAUCUUUCAGAGUGUUUAUACCAAGAAAUCACCGAAGCCAGCGCGAAGGGGUCCAACUUUUGAUAUCUCAAAUUAGAUGCGCUGAACAUUAAUGAACUAAAUUUCAAAAUUAUAUUAAAAUUGCUAGAUGCAAGACCAGAUUUUUUCAAAGGGAUGGACUUGACCAAUAACCCUCUUUUCAAGGAAAAUUGUCUGAAAUAAGCUUUUUAACUUACAAAAGCCUAACCUGUUAUUGGAGAAAUUUCUUGCAAAGCAAUCGACAAGGUAUUUGACAUUUCUCAGUUUCGAAAAGACAGGGUUAAAGUCAGAAAUGAUAUUAUCUUCUUUUAUGAUCAAUGUGUUUUAUUGAUGUCCAGAUCUUGAAAUAUUGAUCCUUAAUUCUCUCCCUAUUACUGACAAAGUUGCUAUAAAUAUGGCAAGAGGCAUGCAAAAGGCAUCAGUAAGCAAGUAUAAGUUGGCUAAGAAUCUUAAAGAGAUUGGUCUUGCUAAUACUAAGAUUAGUGAUAAAGGCGCCAUUGGAAUUCUUUUUGCCGCAAUACAAUAUACACCACUAGAGGUAGUCAACCUAGAAGGAAAUAAUAAAAUUGGGUUUAAUACUGCUAGUUUUAUCCUCCAACAGUUGAUGAUAAAUCCUGGGCAGACAAAUAUAAGCUUGAGAGAAGUUUUUCUGGAAUAUACUAAAGUUAGCUCUUCUCUUAGAGCCAGCCUUAAUGAUGCUCUAGACAAUUAUCAGGAAGGAAACAUCUCAAUGGUUAAUAAAAUAUCAAAUAAGUACAAUAAUUCUUCCAGUUAUCGAUCUCAGCCACGUCAAUAUACAGCUGGAUCAAAUAAUAGCUCUUCAAGGUAUAAUUUCAAGAACGAAUUUUGGAUUUUAAAUCAUGACCAAGAAAAAGAAAGUGAAUGUACUGGAACUUACAGAUCAAAAAGUGCAUACAAUCAGUCCUCAGGAAGGGAUAUCAAUGAGGAGGAGCUUCCUAUCCAACUCACUGAUCAAUCAAAUGCUGCCAACAAAAGCCUUGAUAGGAUAAAUAAUCCUUGCAAGAUAAAUUUCAGACAGAGUAAUUACUUAUUCAAUAGCAGAGAAGGACCCAAUUGGAAGAAAAAUGAUGCUCAGAAGUCCACUUUCCAUCAGGCAUUUGAGAGCAGGAAGAAAUCAAGGAAGAUCUAUUCAACUAAUAAUUACAACACUUACGGUAUCAUAAACCAUUCCUCGACUAAUUCAUCCAAGAAUAAUAGAAAUAUGCAGUGAGGGUCCUUCUCAUCGAACAAUUUUAGUAUUGAUAGUAUCUGUGGUCCUUCGGAUCCCUACGAACAACUAAGAAGAGAAAGAAGUGAGUUAUUACAGAAAUCAGGGAUCUAUAGCUCCUCCAAAAAUUCUGGAAGCUAUGAAAUCUCCAAUUAUCUUACCUCAUGCAAAGAAGAGACUACCUUACAAGAAGCUUCCUCUUCAAAUAUUCCUAUGCAAGAGUUUUAUGAUUCGAAAAUAAGUCGUGAAAACUUGAAAAAUAGCUCUGAGCCUCCUAAAACCACAGAUCUGGCGAAGUAUAUUUCUGAGCCUGAGGAGGUACAGUCUAGGACUAUUAAAGACAAAAACGAAAACAAGACUCCUUCCUUCACUGAAAGUGUAAUAAUUGAGAAAAGGGAGGAAAAUAAGUAUGCCAAUAAAGAGCAGUCUUCCUCAUCUGAAGAGGAUACUUUCAGAAGUCGCCAAAGCAAUAUUGAAAACUUUGUAAAACAGCUCAACUGAGAUGCUGUCAAAGACAUCACAGAGUCCCAAAGAGAAGGCAAAAAACUACAAAAAAGCUUCAGAGAGUUUGCUCAACAGCAAAUUAAGGAAUUCCAAGAUAAGGAAAACAGAGGAGCCCAGAAUAAUAGGAAUGAUUUCUUUAAUCCUUAUAAAAGACCAAAUAAUUCCCAGAACAAGAAAGCAUUGGAGUCAAUAGACCUAAAUCUGAAGAAUUUUGAAUCUAAUAAAGAUAAUGAUGUAUCUAUUAAUGAAAACUUGGAUUCUCCCAACAGAUCAGCCAUUAUUGAUCACAAUCAUAUUAAGCAUACCUCAAUGAGUCAGGAAGAGAAAGAUGAGGAUGAUGAAGUCAGGCAAAUGUUGAGAGAAGCAGGAAUGACCUUUAACACAAAUGAGUCUCAGAAAGAGAGUAAAAAGAAGCUCAAAAGAGAGGAAUCUAUAAUUUCAAAUAAGAUUCUUUCCAAGGUGAAUAAUCAUAACAACCAUAAUAACUCAUCUCUCUGCUUAUAUGGUACAGAAUCUGAGUCUAAGGCCCCAUCUGGAUAUAAGCUGAAUAUCUCCAAUGUUCAAAACUAUGAAGAAGAUCAGCAAAAUGUAAAGGAAUACCAACUUGAAAAAAUUGGAGAGACUGAACGGGAGCAUUAUAGUCCAAGAGAGAAUCCUAGAGAGGACAUAAAACAAGCUAGCUCUAUUCUGAGGCAAUCUCAUUUCCAAGAUAUUGAUGAUUCAAGUCUUCAAGAAACUAAAGAGAUGGUCAAGAAGGAGAUCAGCAGACUAAGAGAAAUAUACAGGAAACUAAACACUCUUAAUAAGUCCAAAGAGUCUGGAAAUGCUAGUUUAUUUACUAUUAAUCAUGACUCUAGCACUGGUUGAAAGCAUGAGAGGCUGAAUUCCCAUAUUUCUAUUAGAAAGUCUGAUGAAACGAUCAGUAUUAUCCAGGAUGAGAAUGAAUAUAUUUCUCAGAGAUAUGGUCCAAAGCAGUGCAGUGAUGAAGAUUUCAAUUUAUGAGAAAUUCCAGAUGAAGGCAGGCAGCAUUUAUAAUUUCCAUCAAUGUUCAAUUAAUA